AUGCAAUUCUCCACUGUCGCUAUCAUCGCCGCUGCCGCUGCCGUUGUCUCCGCUGACUCCACUGUCGCUGCCGUCUCUCAAAUCACCGACGGUCAGAUCCAGGCUACCUCUGCUCCAGCUACCACCGCUACCACGGCUGUCACCUCCGCUUCUGCUCCAGCCAACGCGACCUCCAUCUCUAUCCAGACUGCUAACGGUGCUGCCGUUGUCGGCUCUGGUGCCGCUGCGUUUGCCGGUUUGGCCGCUGCUGGUGCUUUCUUGCUUUAA